CCGCAAGGCGUCGCUGCCAUCGGCAGGGUGUUUUUGACAGCAGAAAAUUCAGACAAUUUUUCUGUGAGGAAAAUACGCGAUUUUAAGGCAUUUUCCUGGAAAAAUUCAGUGCAAAACAGAAGUGUAUCGCAAUGGCAGAUCCCAAGUUCCUUAAUCUUCCGGGAAUCGUCUACGAUCAGCCGGACGUGUACGAGACGCCAGAUGUUCCAGAAGUUGAGACAUCUGACUACUACGAGGAAGAUCCCGAGAAUAGCGCCAUUGAGUGCCUUCAGCUGUCUACGAAGGAUUCUUUCAAUAAAUUCCGGGGGAAGUACCUCAAAGGUGAUGUUGACUUCUCGGACAAGAUUAGCAAGAGAAGUCGCACGGGAUACACUGCUAGGUCUGGAUUGUGGGAGAUCAAUGGUGAGGGUGAGAGAGAGACGCCACUGCAGAGGUACCGACGUCUCCAGUGUGAGAUGCAUGAAUUGCUGGAUGAGAUGUCGGCAAUUCAGGCAAAUGCAGAGACCACGAAGGAAGAGAAGAAGUCUUAUGAGGUGAUAUCGGGCGUGGUAACAUCUGCUAGUAAGAUUCUGCAGAGUCUGAGGCUUGAGGAGGUGCUGGGAAAGGAUACUGUGUCCAAGAGUACUGAGCAGGAGCUGAAGAAACUGGUGCAGAAUGUUGAGGGAUUCAAGAAGGCAGAUUCUGUGAUGCCAUCAAUCAGUGAUGUUCAGUUGGCUCAGGAAAAUAGGAUUGCUGAGCUGGAGCAUAAAAUAUAUACCUUGGAGAAGGCUGUUGGGGCAAAGCCUGAGAAAUUAAGCCGUCUGAUUGGCUCUCUCGGGGUUAAUAAUCUCCUGGCGGGAGUACAGCAGUUGUCAGCUAAAGCUGCUCUUCUGCAGCCAGCUCAGUUGGAUCUACUGGAAACGAGACUUCUCGGUCUGGCCACGAAGAUGAAUGCUGUGGCCGAGAAGAGUAGUCCGACGGCUCAGGAGAGUGACAGGGAUGCUAAAGUGAUGGAAUUGUACAAGAUAGCCAAACGCACGGAGCCUAUUGUGCAGGUUCUGCCGGAAAUGGUGGCUCGGAUGCAAUCUCUAGAGGCUCUCCACAAAUAUUCCUCCAAUUUCAGCAAAGCCAUCGCCGAGCUGGAAGCCACCCAGACCAUGAUACUCACGGGAUUGUCUCAGAAUAAGGUGCUUCUGCAAGGGAUCCAGGAGACAUCAGCUGUGCAAUUUGAUAAUCUGCAGAAGGAAGUGAAGAAACUCGAGGAUAGAAUUAACAGCUUCAAGCUUCCCAAAUAAAGAAAAUCUCAUCUGCAAUUUGUGCUUCAUUCACGGCUAAUUUAAUCAUCAUUUUUUAUUGUAAAAUUGUUAAUAAAAUAUUUCGCACUUUA